AUAUACCGCAAGAAGUUGAUUGGGAAAGGCCCAUCCCUCGCCGCCUUUUUUCGCUCUACUAAAUCGCAGCUUGCUGUGUUCGAAUUUCGGAGCUAUGGUCUUUGUCAACAGCAAAAAGUUCGCUUGCGAGUCGUGCAUUAAAGGACAUCGGUCAUCGUCUUGUCAUCACACAGAACGUCCCCUAUUCGAGGUCAAGAAGAAAGGGCGCCCGGUGUCUCAGUGCGAGACUUGUCGGGAGCUGCGCCAGUCGAGACGAGUGCAUUCAAAAUGUACAUGCAAAUCCAAACAGAAUGAACCCAAAAGAGUACCUCUCCAGUCAUCGUCACAGCCUGACAAGAAACCUAAACGGUUUAUACCCAUCGUUCCGUCGCUGCCCAAUGGGCUGAAGGAUGCACUGCAGUCAUCGUCAAGCACUGUGUGCUCGGAUUCGAGGCAGCGAGUUUCUUCUCUUCUAAAUCCAUGUCAUUGUCAGGAUGUGCGGAGAUGUCGAUGCCGAUCUAUGGCGCCUGGGCCGAGCACGGCUCAGCAUAUGGAAGAGGAUGUACAGACGGGGUUAGCAACGUUAGCGCAGGCUGCUGCCAUGUGCUGUGGGAGUAACGGCGACGUUGUUGGUGGACAGUUGUAUUCGAAGAGCACGCAAACGAACGUGAGUAGGGUAGGACGGGAGGACUAUGUAGGAUGUGGGAGGUGGCAGGAUGGAGACGAUUAUGGAAGGUAUUCGCGGAGGGACACAUCGAGGUUUAAUCUUCCGCCGAUCAGUGUGGAAAUGAUGAGUGGAAGUGAGUAUUCGAGUGGGAUGCCCGAGUUUUCGGUGAUUCCGCCCAUCAGCGCGAUAACGUCUAUAGCGGGCUCUGGAUGCACGUGUGGGCUUUUCUGUGCGUGUCCUGGGUGUGUUGAGCAUCGGGGAGUUGAGCACGUGUCGAGGGAGCGUGAAGACUGCCCGGAUAGAUGUGGAUCGUGUGUGGACUACUCUGGAGGGAUUGAGUUGCCGGGGCAGGGAAGCAGCGGGGGGAGUCGUCUGAUGGACGAGUUCUUUGCGCGUGCUGCAUCGCUGCCUCGCCCGCCGAGGAAUAGGAAGGUGGGGAUGGAACUGGACGGGAUGAAUAUGAUGGUGUAUCCGAACGAGGUGUUCAGGCGGGAAGGAGGGACGGCAUUUGGGCUUGUGCAGGUGCCGAAGCUGGAACGUUGCGGAGGGGUGUGUGGCUGUGGGAAAGCAUGCGAGGGGUGUUGCAGUGGCCAGACGUCUGGACUGUAGGAAGUGGUGGCUUGUAUAAGUACAUGUGAUGUGUAAUGAAAUUGGAAAGAUGU